UACGUUGCAAGGUUUCAUUCUAAUUGGUCGUUAUUUUUAAACGCCAAUUAUUUUUUGUUGACUCUAUUUUAUUGCUGUACAACUGAAAGCAUGGUGUGGCGAACAUUGAGUCAAGUAGGUCUGAUACUUUUCUUCGUCAUUUCGAUCAAUGCCAGUGAAGAUGGAGUACCUAUGGCGCUUCUCGCGAGGAUAUCCUAUCCAACAGUCCAAGUCGAACCAUACAAUAUGCCCGAUACCAAAGAAGUGAAUCCUCGACAUAGCUAUGCGAACGAAAAAUUUGAACAGUUAAUUGCAUACAACAAGUACAUGACCGCGAGGAUUAAGGAACCACACAGUGUCGACGAAAGACGUGAAAUUUUAGAAGGAGCCUACAAAAAAUUAUCCAAAUUCAUUAAUACUCACAUAAAAGAUUUAAAACGACUACUAUUUGCUACUGAUAUGGCUCUCAUGUCGAUGGUUCAGCUCAAGCUAAAUAAAAAAAUGGACGCAUCUGAAGCAAAAAUUAAGGCGACGCAAGCGAAGAUUCCAUUUGGUUUAUACGUUAGUCCUGAGUUCAAGUGCAUGGGUACUUCGUACUACAUUGCGUCGGCUCAUAACCAAGAAGACGUACAAAUGAUUCUGUCAAGUGAAAGAAAACCUCACUGUUACACAUUUAGAGGAGCGUUCGCUUUUACGGGAUUCUUUCAUCGACACGCGGAGACGACUUAUGUUGGCCCCCACGGGGAACAGUUUCAGACGAAGGACCCUACUCAGGGCCUUUACUGCCAUUCAGACGACAAUUGGACCGACGUGCAGUGUAUUUACAAAAUAAAUCCUCGCGAGGAAUUUCCUGAAUCUGUUGAGUACGAGCCGAAGGUGUCGUACUAUUGCGGCCCCUAUAGAUACUUCAUACCAGCGACUACGGACAUCAGAUGUAUCUUCUCGAUUUUCUCCAUGAACUUCAUCCUGAGGUUCGGUUACGAUGGAGUCACAUACAAGAGCUCGGAUCUGUCAUUCAUGUAUCAGAACGGUCAGGUGUUCUACACGGACGAGCCCUGGGCCGGCAUGUCCUGCUGGGGAUGGGCGUGCAAGUGGCGCCACAAUCAGAACCAGAGGUCCAACGAAUUUUUUGUCAAUUAAACCUUUGUUAAAAGCUAUAUAAAAAAUUUAAGUCAAAAAAUAAAAUUCGUUUACUUGUGUCAUGCGU